CUUGAUGCCUUGAGCUAUUUCUCCUCUAGUUCACUGAUACGGUGACUCUCUCUGCACCCAAGGGCCAGAACUCUCUAUCAACGCGCCCAUUUUCCGCAUACGUAAUCGUAGCUGCGUACCAAAACCGCGCCGCCGUCUGCCCCACUCGCUUCCAUCAGCCGCGAACACCCCACCGCACGAGCACACGAGCGCUUCCAUUCGCGACACCCAGCUGCAAACAUGUCGGGCGAUUUGGAUAUCGAUUUCACGCGCCGGAACAAGAAACCGCGCCCGCUUUCUGAGCACGAGAAGGAGAAGCUGGAUGAGUUUGUCGACGCGAUCCACUACUCGGCAAGGUACUCGGACGACGUUUACGAAUAUCGCCAUGUACAGCUGCCCAAGCAGAUGCUGAAAGCGAUUCCCAAGGACUACUUUGAUGGCGCACGAGGCACACUGAAGCUGCUAUGGGAAGAGGAGUGGAGGGCACUGGGAAUCACUCAGAGUCUGGGAUGGGAACACUAUGAGGUACAUGAGCCAGAGCCGCAUAUUUUGCUCUUCAAGCGACCUAUCAACUACCAGCCGCCUAUGCACUGAAGAAGAGGACGCCUCCGCGCGGCUUCCGGCUUUCUUCAUGUCAAACGCGACACGCGCAACACUUGCGCAGACUAUGACGGCACUCGACAUGGCCUAUUUUUUCCUUGGGAUACCUUCCUGCUUGUUUGUCGAUUUAGAGCGAGAGACGCUAGAUAUAACGACGAUAUGAUCAUGGCAAAACACAUGACGCGCUACAUGGCCUUCAUAUGAGGCGUGUUUGGGAUUCCAUUAUGCGAGGGGGUGACGAGUGCCCAGACUUUGUACAUACGAUUAUCACAGGAGCUUCGCCGAGGGCAUGAGCAAUCAGCAGAUUCCGUGAAAUUAGUACACGGGUAUUGACUGUUGUAUCAGAAAAUCAACAACUGAUCCUAUAUUGAAUUGAAUUUCU